AUGUCUUUGUUUCAUUGGGACAACUGUUGCAAACAGAAAUGCACAGAAAGGUCGGACUAUUCAUUAAUAUAUAAGAGGAAAGAGCCAAUUCAUUUGUUCAUUCUAUCUAUCUCAAUGUUUUCUCAAGUUUUUCUUCUCUUUCUUCUAAAAUCAUCUCAUCUAAGUUCUAUAUUAUUCUAUUUCUUUCUUUCUUUAUCAAUGUUUUCUCCAUCUUCUCUUUCUCCUCAAAUGAUCUCACCAUCGUUUUCUUUUAUUCUCUUCCUUCACCAACAGAUUUCUUCGUCUUCUCUUCCUAAUAAAAUUAUAUCAUCUUUGUUCUAUUUUACUCUUUUUUUUUCUCUCUCUCUUAUUCUUCAUCAACGUUUGCUCAACUUUUUCUUCUCAUCGAUCUUAAGCAAUCUAUACGCUGAUGCCCGCCACUAUGCAAGGAUCCAACACCAAACACCCACCGAAGACCAUCCCGACACCCAGCAGGCACAACCGCAAACUUUCGUUGCUGAAGAAGAUCGAGUCCCCUCCCCUCGCGGCAGAACGAGACGAAAGGCCCAGCCCACCUUAAACAAAUACACUGGCGGGCGCGAAAGUGAUGACACACCUCAUCCCAAAACUAGGAGGCAUUCACCGUCCGCAGAGAAGCUGGCCGGUCCCGAGAAAGACCUUCCAAGAAUCAUGGACAACUUGCAGAUCAUGAAACACCAAAUGUGGUCUCCAAAAAGAGUCAACGGUGAAACUUGA